CUUGGCGGGUGCCGAGCCGGGAGGAUGGCGGCGGCGGCUGCCACGGGCGAGUGGGAGGGUCCGUCGCGGGCGCUGCGGGCGCUGACCUGGCUCGGUCAGGAGUUCAUGUCGGACUGGGAGGCCCAGGACUUGCGGGCCGCCUUCUUCCAGCUGCUCUUGAUCUGGCUGUUUGUGAGCUUGCUGGGUAUCCAGGUGGCCUGGCGAGUCUAUGGGAACACGGUCACCGGCCUCUACUACCGGCAAGGACAGAAUGGAGGACAGAAUGGAGGAACACCAGAUGGAUCCUCCCAUUUCUCAAUGUGGGAGAGCUCAAGCAAUGAAACUAUGAAAACCCAUCGGGAAUGAUGACAGGAAUUGACAAAACCAGACUGUUGCUGCUCCAGAAGCAUAGAAGAUGCCUGUUGGGCCAGAGGCCUUGGUCCUUCAAUGCUGAGGAAAUUGCAGCCAUACUUGUCCUUUCUCCUGCCCUGUGGCCUGACUGCUGGCCAACACUGGUGCUGUAAGGAUUGCUCACCUGUGACUACUCCUGUCCAUCCUGUUAUUAAGCAUGGAGUCUCAGGGUUGUUCUACUCAGGUUGGGGAAGCUAAAGUUUCCCUCAUUAAGUUGUUUGCAUUCUUCUUUUUACUAUAGUGCUAAUCAUUUUGCCAACCAUCCUUGGGUCUCCAUUUGUUUAGCAUCAAGCUAAUCCCAUCGGGUUGGUUGGGGCCACUUUCUGCAGUUACGUUUUUAUUUUUCUUGGCUUCAAACAGCCUCAGCUCAAACGGGAAGCAAAUCUCAAGGAUGAGAACACUGAUGGUGAGGAGAGCCCCAUAUUUUAGUUUAUAGGUUAAGCCAUCCUUAUAUAUGCCUUUGGGAUGCUGUUGUGACCUAGCCCAGGAAAUUUGAAGUCCUUCUAUUUCCCUGCCCCAAUCAGUCUUUGCACUGUGUGUCCGUACUGAGAGUGUUGAGCUCACCAGCCUCCACAAAUAUUUCCUUUCCAAAGCAUAGUUCUUGAUGCUCAUGCCCUGGAGGAGUAAUGUAGAGUGUGCUCUGCAGCUGGGUGGUGUGCUGAUGUGUCACUUCAUUCUGCCAGCUGCUCCCUCCUGGCUGGUUGUGUAUAAUGUACAGAUUAUAAAGACAUGAUGGAAAAAGCAAA